AUGCCACACUCGACCAAAGGAUCUGGUGACUCGCAUUCGACUUACUCGUUUGACCUUCAGCGUCCCAUGAACAACAAGCUCAGCACCACUGCGCCUGCGCCUGCCACCUUUCACAGCAACAAUAAUAAACCGCAGGUCCCUACGCACGGCAAGCGGGACUCUACGCAGUCGAUACAGUCUUUCCAAUCGGUCAAUUUCAACGGGAAUCGUGGCAGUCUUGUCGCUGCGAACGCCUACGCGUCGCUCAUAGGCAAGAACGAUAUCGACGAGUUUCUGCAGAAACAUCUUGGAGAUCGCAACACCAUGAUUGCGAAUUACAACAAUUCGGCCAAGCAGCGGACGCAAUAUUACGAGGAGCAGUUCCAGUAUAAGGAGAACGUCAACAGCAAUGUUCGGGAGAGGGUGCAACGAGAGUCGCCUGUUAUCGCUGAACUACGCACGAAUGUCAUUAUCAAAGACGAAUUCACGCUGGUGACGGACCUCUCAUAUCACCUUGCCGCACGAUACACGAGACCCGAUUCUUCGAUCAUGAUCAAAGUCGAUCACAGCGCGUGCCUCGCAUUGGGAGGGACGUUCGACCCCUGCUAUAUCCUCUCGAUAUCGACCGUUCCAUCGCAAAUGGGCCCGACGAUGAACAAGCGAAACGCAGCGUUGAUACAAUCUUUCAUGGCGGACAUCUUGAGUGUGCCGCCAGAGCGAGGGAUCGUGAAAUUUCAGCCGAUCCCAGAGGAGAACUUUGCGAUCAACGGCACGACAAUGUUGGGCGAGAUUGAGCGGCAAGAGAAGCAGCAAUCUGGGGAAAAUACGGGAGCUGUUCGAAGGGCGAUAUCGAACGGACGGAAGAGCAUACCUUCGUUUAAGAAGAGUGUGUCGAAGUUGGACUCUGAGCCGAAGAUUGUGGAAUCUAAGGUGAUGGAGACGACUGUGGAGGAACCCAAGCUAGAGGAGCCGAAACGACCGGAGUCGAAAGAGAAGGAGAAAUCGGAUAAGGCUCCAGUAGAAGCGAGGAAGAGUAUUACACCUAUCGCGCCAACAGCUAUUUUGUCGCCAAUGGGCGUGUUCGAGCUGCCUGCGGUGGAAGUGGACAACACGCGACCAUCAACAUCACAUGGACAUUCUGGGUCGAGCAGUUCGAACGGGUUGCGAAUGAAUGGUGUUUCGGAUAAGGAUUUGAGUCCCCCAAGCGCGACAAAACCGCGAAGGCCGAGGACUUUCUCUGCGGGAACCACUUCGAUUCAAGAUCAGAUCAAGAGUCAAGGCCUGACGACAGCGCCCAUAAACCCACCCGCGAGACUAUCUUCAGUCCCACCGUCGAAACGAGACCGCCCGCCUUCGUUCCUGAAGAUUGACCCAUCAAAAUCCAGCACCAAGUCUCGCCACAGUAAAAACGCAUCACCACAACCCCCUGUCGACGACAACAAACCCCGGCCGAGGGACAGCUAUCUCGACGGGAUCAUGGGCACACCCCUACAACUCAAGCCCUUCGGCACAGAACCGACGAUUCUCGAGAAACCCUCCAAGGAAGUGCUCACGGAGAUGACGACGAAAGAGAAGGACGAACCGACAGCGAACACGGCGAAGCGACGGUCGACGAUCACGGCAGUCCCGAAGAUCCCUGAGAUUCCAAUGAGCAGUCCCCAGGAAAUCAGCGACACGAAAUCGACCAAGUCGCUGAAGGUCGGGAAGCGGAAGAGUUUUUUGUCGGCGUUUAGGAAGAGUUCGGGGACGAAGAGUUGA